GCGUCGACGCGGGCGCAGUCUCGCGGCGGAUCCGCGUACGAGAGGAACAUCAAUGGGCGGUCAGAGAGUAAGAUGGCGGACUGCGAGUCGGAGGAGCAGCAGCGGUUGCCAGCCGCGAACGAGGACGUAACGAGGAGCGUUGGCGUGACGAUGAUCAACAACGGGCGCGUACCUCAGCACCCGGUGAACCAGGGGAACCCAAUCGGACAGGGGCCCAGAUGCGUCACCAUUUACAAAACCGAGACUGGUUUCGGGUUCAACGUACGCGGCCAGGUCAGCGAGGGUGGACAACUGAGAAGCAUCAACGGGGAAUUGUACGCGCCGCUUCAGCAUGUAAGCGCGGUGCUGCCUCGGGGUGCUGCCGAGAAGGCCGGCGUGAGAAAAGGCGACCGGAUCCUCGAAGUGAACAACGUGAACGUCGAGGGUGCCACCCACAAGCAGGUGGUCGACUUGAUCAAGUCCGGGGGCGACGUCCUGACGCUGACCGUCAUCUCCGUGACGCCGCAGGAGGCGGAGCGAUUGGAGCCGUUCGAAGAUCUGAGUUACGCGUCGGUGGACUACAGCGAGAAACGGUCGCUGCCCAUCAGCGUGCCCGACUACCACGUCCGCGAGAGGAGGCACGAGCGUUACGUGGUCUUCAACGUCCAUAUGGCCGGCAGACAUCUGUGCUCGCGACGCUAUAGAGAGUUCGCCGCGCUGCACGUCGCCCUCAAGAAGGAGUUCAUCGGGUUCAACUUCCCGAAACUGCCCGGGAAAUGGCCGUUCCAAUUGAGCGAGCAGCAGCUGGACGCGAGGCGGCGGGGACUGGAACAGUACCUGGAGAAGGUGUGCGCGGUGCGGGUGAUCGCCGAAAGCGACGCCAUGCAGGACUUCCUCACCGAUAGAUUGGAGGAGGACGGCGACCAGGGGCCGGCGGUGGACCUGAAGGUGUUGCUGCCGGACCGAGAGGUGGUCACGGUGACCGUCGCGAAGGCCGCUUCGGUGAGGGACGUGUACGACGCGGUUUGCAGCCGAGUCGGCUUGGACGCGGAGACGGCGAAAUACUUUUAUCUGUUCGAGAUCGUCGAGUACAAUUUCGAAAGGAAGCUGCAACCUCACGAACACCCCCACACUUUGUACAUUCAAAACUACUCGACGGCCAGCGCGACGUGCCUCGCGAUACGGAGGUGGCUCUUCAAUGUGAACAGAUCGCUCGGCGAGCAGGCGUUGACUUGGAUCUUCUGGCAGACUAUAGACGAAGUGAACAGGGGCCAUGUUACCGCCGGCGAGCGACUGUACCAGCUGAAGGCGCUGCAGGACGCGUCGAGGAAGCACGAGUACCUGAAGCUGGCGAAGGAGCUGAGCGGCUACGGCGACAUCGUGUUCCCUCAUUGCGCGUGCGACUCCAGGAAGGAAGGGCACGUGGUCGCGGCCGUAGGCGCCGCAUCGUUCAAGCUUCACGCGGCAAAGGAGGAUGGCACCCUGGAGUCUCAAGUGGUCGAGUUCCAAUGGAACGCCAUCACCCGAUGGGAGAUAGACGAGGAGGGUAUGGCGUUCUGCUUCCAGUACACGCGCCAGGACAACCGUCCGCCUCGCUGGCUUAAGGUCUUCACACCCUACUACACGUUCCUGUCCGACUGCUUCGACCGAAUAGCCGAAGAGGCGAAGUGGGACGACCCAGGCGAAUGACGUACAGUCCGCCGCUAAGGUCCGAAAAGUUUGGUGCAUUAUGAUACGCGACGACGGAUGCCGUGCCGUUUCAUCGAAGGUUUCGCUCGCGUCUGUCCUCGUAGCCGGAUCACGUCGAUUAGGAUUACUUUUUUAAGGCGAACACUCAGCGCAGGGAGACGAGUAAGACACCAUCCAAAAUCAUAUCAGACUAUUGUUUCGUCAGGUUCGCAGACGAUCGUCUCCGCGAUUCGUCCGCGAACGGUGCAUCGUUCACACGCAUUCUAAAAUCAAAUAGCAAACACCACGUACACACAGGCAACAGGUUAGGAAAUAUUCUACCGUGAAGGUAGCGAUUCUCUUCUACAAGGCAACAUACGUAAACGCAUACACAUACAUACAUACAGGCGAACCGCGACAGAAACCAAUACCACGGGCAAACAAGAUGUCAUCGUUAGAAUUAGCUCUCUACCAUAGGAGAUCUUCAUGGUAAAACAGCACUCUAGUUUCAGGAAGGUGGAAAAGACAUAAGAGAAUUACGUUAGUAUCCAGGGUAAGAGGGGGUUACAGUACCGAGCUGAAGAUCAUCAGCCUAUAGACUCGAACCUUUGGCCUAUCGCUCGUUGCUAUCGCAUUUGGGGUGUUCGGAGCGUCUCUCUCUCUCUGUCACGGGGAGACCACGAAUCACCGGACGUUCCUCUUUACUAGCCUAACGCAUAGGUACGUGGGAAAAUGGUUUUCUCGCGCGAGCGAAAGGAGCUCAGGCGACAAGUAUUAUUGCGCGACGUGUUAGUUUAAGUCGUUCGCUUUCCGUUCAAGCACCGAUCCAGCGCAGGUCCGUUCUUCAAGGCGCGCUUCGUUCCUCGUUCGUUUUACUCGUCCAGGCGAUCGUCGCGACCGUUCAUAGGGGGACUUCGGGGCGACCGCGGGACGAUCAUUUUCCUCGGGAGCUAUAUAUUUUUACUAUUGCACGCCGGAGAGACGUCGGCACAGAGUCGCGAGCGGUUCCGGUUUCGCGCGGACACUCAAAAAAAGAAUAUCGGCUACCACACUACGGCUCGACUACUCCGAAUGAAUCGGAGACAGGAGAGUGGCGAUGAAGCCAUUCGAAGACACCGGUGGAGAACGCCAUAACCAUGGGAGAAGUAAUAAAUGAUAAUACUCAGUGACACUGUUGGAUAGAUGCUGAUAAUAAGAAAACGAAAUGAAGAUAUAUAAAUAUAUAUACAAAUUAUAUAUAUAUGAAUAUACGAGUAAUUUUAAUGUCUUUGGUCGGUUCGAAUACCGAUGAACUUUUGAACGACCUUGGCCUGCUCGUCGCGGUUCACGGGUUACGCGGCGAGUCCUCCGGAGCGAGACUUCUUCCGCCAUUGUUCGACGAACAACUUGUACAGGCUGUUUUGGCACAAUCGUUGGCCGGUCGCGUUUCUCUCUCGAGCAUAGAAACUAAUGACACGUUACCGUCUUCUGUAGAUGAUGCAACGGCUUAUGCGACGUUUCUUUUGUAGCAUUUUUACCUGUCCGACGAUCCUUGGAAAGAUUUGCAAACGGAGACGUUCACGAGGGGUUGAACGCGCUACGUGUUUUGUUGCGCCGUUAGGCGAGCGAGAGGAGACGAACGAUGGCCAACGAUUGUCCCAAGAUCGCGUACGCUUUCGUUGCCCGCUCCGGACGGUUCGCGAACCGGCCGGCAACGAGAGCAGCCUCAGCAGAUAAUAAUUCUAGGGAUAGAUGUAUAACUAAUCGUUAAUGUUUUUAAACUUUAUUCUGGAUGAAUGAAGAGCGACGCCGGGUGGAUUGUGAAACGAUGUGUUUUGAGAAUAGCGGUAGGGGAUAGGGGGGGGGUAGGCUGUAGAAAGGAAGAGCGAGGAUGCUGUUGUUCGCGCGGAUGCCGGUUCCUGGCGAGCCAGGGGGUGCGAGAGGAUCGGUUAUGUUACUGGACGCGUUGAUUCGUUGGUCCUGCCGUUGUUGACCGAUCGAACGGGGAACGCGCGGCGAACACGACCCACAAUUCUUGUUCUGUGAAUAAUUAAUAAUUAAUAAUUCUGUCCCGGGAACUGUGCGGAGCGGCGCGUACACACCUGUUGUUGCCGGCGUUCUAGCUGUUGUUGAGCGGCUCGCGAUUGGCGGGCCGCGUUAGCACCCCCCGCGGCCGACGGUCGCAGGACCGCCGGUCGUCGGAGAGACGCAGCCGUUUAGAUUUUUAUGAGUUUUUUGUGAUGUAUUAUUCCAUUAAUCGAUGAAGUAAUUAUAUAAUUAACGGGACAGCGCACGCGUCGUGUUAGAGAGCGAGCGAGAGAGAAAGAGAGAGAGAGAGUGUGUGAGGGAGAGAUAGCGCGUUCUCUCUCGGUGUGUACAUUCGCAGCAAUAAGAUUUUUCGGCGGUGUGAAAUUAGGGGUGUCGUUUAGCGUAAGAGUAUACUUUGCCGGGUCGGUGAGAUGAAAUACGUCCAAGUUACACGCGCAUCGCACACGGUGGGGUGCGUCUUCUUCAUUGAAGUUCGAGGCGAGGCGAGGAAACGAGAGAGCAAGUGUAUGCGUGUGAGAGAGCGAGCGAGAGAGAGAGAGAGAGGAAGAGAGAAUUUCUCGAGAAAUUUUAUCGGCGUUCAUUGUUCCGCGUGUAUUUAUUUGUGACGUGUAUAUUUAUUGCGAUCGCCUAGUCCGCGAAUAAAAUCAGCAGACGUGCGCGGAUCGUUGAUGAUUAUUUAUUGUCGUCCCAAUAGUAUUUUUGUAAAAACGAGCGUAGCGAACCGCGACACCGCGUGUACGACCGUGUUCCGAUUCGAAUUCCCAUGGGUUUACAAACCGAGGCGGGCGGCACGAUUAAUUAUUAAUUACUUCAUUAAUGAAAACCAAGCUGCGAAAGCGAAGUCCUGUCCGGGGAGAGUCGGACGACGAAGUUAGGUAGCAUAAUUUAAUUAUUGUUACAGUAAGACCAUAUCAUUACAGUUAAACUCCUUAGACGUUAAUUACGAAUUAUUAUGUAUAAUCAUAUAGCCCGUAAAUAACGAAAUGCUCCGAUUAAUUCAUUCAUCCGGCGCCGGGAUCCGCGCGGCGAUCGCCAUCGCGGCGGGACUCGGCGUUCCGGAUCAGCGACAACACGGUACUCACUUCGAGAAUUUGUUUUGCGAAUCAUCUUAUUCACAAACCGGGGAGAAAUAAACGAAAUGCAGAGAAAUCACUUCUUGAAUUCUCUUCGACUAUUAAAAUUCUGCUACGA